UCUUUUCACUAUCUUUUCUUCUCUAUUCUCCGGCACCAGCCAGCCAUGAGAGAUCGUCGUGGCGGCGGUCCCAUAGGGACCCGUCUUUUGCCACAUUUACUCAUCGGAGUUGCUUUAGCGACACUAUUGACUAUUUCAGUAUCAUCUGCUGAUCCUUACUUGUAUUCUUCCCCACCUCCUCCCUACGAAUACAAAUCACCGCCUCCACCAUCUCCAUCGCCGCCUCCACCGUAUCUAUACAAAUCCCCACCACCUCCUUCUCCCUCACCUCCACCGCCUUACGUCUAUAAAUCUCCUCCACCACCAUCUCCGUCUCCUCCACCGCCUUACGUGUACAAGUCACCACCACCGCCUUCACCAUCUCCUCCACCACCUUACUACUACAAGUCCCCGCCACCACCUUCCCCUUCACCUCCUCCUCCAUACUAUUACAAAUCUCCUCCUCCUCCAUCACCUUCACCCCCUCCUCCAUAUUAUUACAAAUCACCACCACCGCCAUCCCCGUCUCCUCCGCCGCCAUACUACUACAAGUCACCACCUCCUCCGUCCCCCUCUCCACCGCCUCCCUAUUAUUAUAAGUCACCACCUCCUCCGUCCCCGUCUCCACCGCCUCCAUACUACUACAAGUCUCCACCACCGCCAUCACCUUCUCCACCGCCUCCCUACUACUACAAAUCCCCACCACCACCAUCUCCAUCCCCUCCACCUCCUUACUACUACAAAUCUCCCCCACCACCAUCACCAUCUCCUCCACCUCCUUACUACUACAAGUCUCCACCACCACCAUCGCCAUCUCCUCCUCCACCCUACUAUUACAAGUCUCCACCACCACCAUCCCCAUCUCCCCCACCACCUUAUUACUACAAAUCUCCCCCACCACCAUCACCUUCUCCACCGCCUCCCUACUACUACAAAUCCCCACCACCGCCAUCGCCUUCUCCCCCACCUCCCUACUACUACAAAUCCCCGCCACCGCCAUCGCCUUCUCCCCCACCUCCCUACUACUACAAAUCACCACCACCGCCAUCACCUUCUCCCCCGCCUCCCUACUACUACAAAUCACCACCACCUCCAUCACCUUCUCCCCCACCUCCCUAUUACUACAAAUCCCCACCACCGCCAUCACCUUCUCCACCGCCUCCCUACUACUACAAAUCACCACCACCUCCAUCACCUUCUCCCCCACCUCCCUACUACUACAAAUCCCCACCACCGCCAUCACCUUCUCCACCACCUCCCUACUAUUACAAAUCACCGCCACCACCUUCACCAACUUACAUUUAUAAGUCACCUCCUCCACCAUCUCCUUACUACUAUAAGUCUCCACCACCACCAGCUUAUUAUCCUCCUCAUCCCAAUCACCCAUUGGUUGUGAAGGUGGUCGGAAAAGUCUACUGCUACAGGUGUUAUGAUUGGACAUAUCCUAAGAAGUCUCAUGACAAGAAACAUCUCAAAGGUGCUGUUGUCGAAGUUACAUGUACAAUUGGCAAAAAGGAAAUUGUAGCUUAUGGUAAAACCAAGAUCAACGGAAAAUUCGCUAUAACAGUUGAUGGCUUUAAUUACAAUAAAUAUGGAGCCGAGGCAUGUAAAGCCAAGCUCCACGCCGCACCUAAGGGCUCGGCAUGCAACAUCCCGACUAACCUCCAUUGGGGUAAGACAGGUGCCAAGUUGAAGGUUAAGUCCAAAACCGGAUAUGAAGUGGUGCUCUCUGCCAAGCCAUUUGCUUAUGCCCCAAAGACUCCUUACAAGGAGUGUGAAAAGCCUAAACCUAAGCCACCAACUCCUACACCAUACUAUUACAAAUCACCACCUCCACCUCCUCCGGUCUACUAUUACAAAUCACCACCACCACCUCCAACUUAUGCUUAUAAAUCACCUCCACCACCUUAUUAUUAUAAGUCACCACCACCACCCGUGAAAUCUCCUCCUCCACCAUACUACUAUAAGUCUCCCCCGCCGCCAUCACCAUCUCCUCCACCACCUUACUACUACAAAUCUCCUCCUCCACCAUCGCCAUCUCCUCCACCACCAUAUUAUUACAAGUCUCCUCCACCACCAUCACCAUCUCCACCACCACCCUACUAUUAUAAAUCUCCACCACCACCUUCGCCAUCUCCUCCACCACCAUACUAUUACAAGUCUCCCCCACCACCAUCGCCGUCUCCUCCACCACCAUACUACUACAAGUCACCUCCUCCUCCAUCCCCAUCUCCACCCCCACCAUACUACUACAAAUCUCCUCCACCACCAUCCCCAUCUCCACCCCCACCAUACUACUACAAAUCUCCUCCACCACCAUCCCCAUCUCCACCCCCACCAUACUACUACAAAUCUCCUCCACCACCAUCACCAUCUCCACCACCCCCAUACUACUACAAGUCACCUCCUCCACCAUCCCCAUCUCCACCUCCACCUUACUACUACAAAUCUCCUCCUCCACCAUCGCCAUCUCCUCCACCACCCUACUAUUACAAGUCUCCUCCACCACCAUCACCAUCUCCACCACCACCUUACUAUUACAAAUCACCCCCACCACCAUCGCCAUCGCCUCCACCACCAUACUACUACAAAUCUCCUCCUCCACCAUCCCCAUCUCCACCACCUCCAUACUACUACAAAUCUCCACCACCACCAUCCCCAUCUCCACCACCUCCAUACUACUACAAAUCCCCACCACCACCAUCCCCAUCUCCUCCACCUCCUUACUACUACAAAUCCCCACCACCACCAUCCCCAUCUCCUCCACCUCCUUACUACUACAAAUCUCCCCCACCACCAUCGCCAUCUCCUCCACCACCUUACUACUACAAAUCUCCUCCACCACCAUCGCCAUCUCCUCCACCUCCUUACUACUACAAGUCUCCACCACCACCUUCGCCAUCUCCUCCUCCACCCUACUAUUACAAGUCUCCACCACCACCAUCCCCAUCUCCCCCACCACCUUAUUACUACAAAUCUCCCCCACCACCAUCACCUUCUCCUCCACCACCCUAUUACUACAAAUCUCCCCCACCACCAUCCCCGUCUCCACCACCUCCCUACUACUACAAAUCUCCUCCUCCUCCAUCACCAUCACCUCCUCCCCCAUACUACUAUUCUUCCCCACCACCACCGUUAAAGUCUCCCCCUCCACCUGUUUACCUAUAUGGUUCUCCACCACCCCCAUAUCAUUAUUAACUAUAGAUACUUCAACUCAUCUUCAAUUUGUUGAUCACAAAGCAACAAGAAUAAAAGAAGGCUCUGUGAAGGGAAUGUUCAAAUUAUAUGGAGAAAUAAAAUUAGGUUCUCUCAAUAAGGUCCUAGUCAAUUUAUAUGUGAAACUUAGUACUUUUAGUUUGGACCAAUUUGCUCCUACUUCUGUGGUGACAAUCUUGCACAUUGUGCUCAUAUUAUUAAUGAAGCUGAAGAAGGAAG